AUGUUUCGGACAAAGGCUGAAUCUUCGAGGCCGACCAUCUGCUCAGCCCGUCGAAGGCAGCAGCAGAAGAAGGAGAAGUUCCAGAGGACACGUCGUACGCUGCUCGGAAAUUCCUGUUGGGAGGCCCUCGAAGACCUACCCCUCGAGACCCCCGUUCCCCUCCUGGACCCCCGUCCCCCUCCUGGACCCCCGCCCUUCCCCGUCCCCUCUGGACCCCCGUCCCCUCCUGGACCCCCCGUUCCCCUGCUGGACCCCCGUCCCCCUCCUGGACCCGUUCCCCUGCUGGACCCCCGCUCCUGGCCCCCGUCCCUCCUGGACCCCCGUUCCCCUCCUGGACCCCAUAUUUGUGCCCUCCUGACCCCCGUUCCCCUCCUGGACCCCCGUUCCCCUCCUGGACCCCAUUCCCCUCCUGGACCCCCGUUCCCUCCUGGACCCCCCGGGGCCCCCGUCCCCUCCUGGACCCCCGUUCCCCUCCUGGACCCCCGUCCCCCUCCUGGACCCCCCGCCCCUCCUGGACCCCCGUUCCCCUCCUGGACCCCCGUCCCCCUCCUGGCCCCGUCCCCUCCUGCCCCCCGUCCCCUCCUGGACCCCCGUUCCCUCCUGGACCCAUAUUUGUGCCCUCCAACCAGCAUAUCCAAAAAUUUAAAUGUUUAA